AUGCCUCAUGAAGAUGAUAAGCAUAUAAGCAUGCAUCAUGAAGAUGAUAAGCAUAUAAGCAUGCCUCAUGAAGAUGAUAAGCAUAUAAGCAUGCCUCAUGAAGAUGAUAAGCAUAUAAGCAUGCCUCAUGAAGAUGAUAAGCAUAUAAGCAUGCCUCAUGAAGAUGAUAAGCAUAUAAGCAUGCCUCAUGAAGAUGAUAAGCAUAUAAGCCGCAUGCCUCAUGAAGAUGAUAAGCAUAUAAGCAUGCCUCAUGAAGAUGAUAAGCAUGCCUCGUGA